UGUCUCUAAGGUGACACCAGGCUGCCUGCUGGAUACAGCUCCCCGCAGCCCCCUCCCCACACACACAGCACACGCUCAUGCUCACUUUCUGCUUUGUCUUUUGAGAGCUGCUCCAGGCUUUGUGCACAGGCACUUUGCUCGCUGCCUACCUUUCCCUGCUGCUCCCGCUCAGCUGCUGCUGCCGGGGACAGUGACGGCCGUGCCUGGCUCCGGAGGGACCUCGCGGAAGGCAAUCCGAGCUCUUUUUCGCUCACUUGCAAGCAUCGCUAUCCCUGGACUGUGCUUCUUCAGUGAACGCUGUGUUCCCCACUCCCUCCCCUCUGCUCUCACAGUGCCAGCACCUCCGAGGAGCAGCACCAACGUCUCCGGGUGUGUGUCAGAUAUUCCUUGGCUUCAGAGCAGCAGGGCACUAGAGACGGCAGGAGGCUGAGCUGAUGCAUCUGAGCUAUUCAGGCUGCUAUCAAGAGGCUGAUAAAUACCACUGCAAAAAGUUGGACACUGUUUUUUCUCAUGCUUGUGCUCCCUCAGGGAGUUAAGCCUUGCUGGGAUUGUCUCACGGCCCUGGGGAGGCGAAGCAGAGCAGCACUGUGAGACCCUGUGGGACAAGACCGGGCUGCCCAAGAAGUUCUGGGGGCAGAGUGGGACUCCUUGCCUAGAGAGACACCUCACUCCAGCAUGGCUGAAGGUCCCGGGAGCUGGAGAGACUUCUCCCCUGCCAGGAGUGAUGGUGAGGUGGCCAGGGGAGCCACAGCAAACCUCCAGGGAGCAUCAUAUACAGAGAGCACUGGGCGAGAACAACGCUUGGGCCCCCGCAGCAUGGAUCCAGCUUGGGAGGAGAUGAGAGGGGCAGUGGCCAUGGCGGAGGUGAAGGAGCAGUUCCUGCACUUGGCCAUCAGAAAGCAGGUCUCCUACAGGAAAGCUAUUGCCAAAUCCAGUCUCCAACACAUGGUAGCCCAGCCAAACCCGGCACUAGCCAUGAGGAGCGACUCGGAAAGGCAGAUACGCAGCACUGUGGAUUGGAGCGAGGCUGCGGUCUAUGGGGAGCACAUCUGGUUUGAGACCAAUGUCUCUGGGGACUUCUGCUACGUUGGGGACCAGAACUGCAUGGCAAAGCUUCUGCAAAAACCUCUCUCCAGGCGCAAGUGUGCAGCCUGCAAGAUCGUAGUGCAUACACCCUGCAUCGAACAGCUGGAGAAAAUAAAUUUCCGCUGCAAGCCUUCCUUCAGGGAGUCAGGAUCCCGGAACAUACGGGAGCCCAUUGUUGUCCGACAUCACUGGGUGCAUCGGAGGCGGCAAGAAGGGAAAUGUCGGCAGUGUGGCAAGGGUUUUCAGCAGAAGUUUGCCUUCCACAGCAAAGAGAUUGUAGCCAUCAGCUGUUCCUGGUGCAAACAAGCGUAUCACAGCAAAGUAUCAUGUUUCAUGCUGCAACACAUUGAAGAGCCCUGCUCACUAGGGGCUCACGCUGCUGUCGUCGUUCCUCCCACCUGGAUUCUGCGGGUCCGGCGGCCCCAGAAUCCACUGAAAUCUAGUAAGAAGAAGAAGAGGACAUCAUUCAAGAGGAAAUCCAGCAAAAAGGGGGCUGAGGAGGGGAGGUGGAAACCCUUUGUCAUCAAGCCCAUGCCAGCUCCUCUCAUGAAGCCCUUGCUGGUGUUUGUGAACCCCAAGAGUGGUGGGAAUCAGGGAGCCAAGAUCAUCCAAUCCUUCAUGUGGUAUCUGAACCCACGGCAAGUUUUCGACCUCAGCCAGGGUGGACCCAAGGAGGCGCUGGAGCUGUACCGCAAAGUCCACAAUCUCCGGAUUCUGGCAUGCGGGGGAGAUGGCACGGUGGGCUGGAUACUCUCCAUUCUGGACCAGUUACGCAUCAACCCACCUCCUCCUGUGGCCAUCCUACCUUUGGGGACAGGGAAUGACUUGGCCAGAACACUGAACUGGGGUGGGGGUUACACAGAUGAGCCUCUGUCCAAGAUCCUAUCACACGUAGAAGAUGGGAACAUAGUGCAGCUUGAUCGCUGGAACCUCCAUGUGGAGCCAAACCCUGACACAAACCCUGAGGAAAAGGAUGAGGCAGCUGCUGACAAGCUCCCUUUGGAUGUCUUUAAUAACUACUUCAGCCUUGGCUUUGAUGCACGGGUGACGCUGGAGUUCCACGAAUCCCGAGAGGCCAACCCAGAGAAGUUCAACAGCCGGUUUCGGAAUAAAAUGUUCUAUGCUGGGACGGCCUUCUCCGAUUUCCUCACCGGGAGUUCCAAAGACUUGGCGAAGCAUGUCAGGCUGGUUUGUGAUGGGACAGACCUGACCUCCAAGAUUCAGGACCUGAAGCCCCAGUGCCUGGUCUUCCUUAACAUCCCAAGGUACUGUGCAGGCACCAUGCCCUGGGGCAACCCUGGGGAGCACCAUGACUUUGAGCCCCAGCGCCAUGAUGAUGGCUGCAUUGAAGUUAUUGGCUUCACCAUGACAUCGCUGGCUGCCUUGCAAGUUGGUGGCCAUGGGGAGCGGCUCUGUCAGUGCCGGCAGGUGGUUCUCACCACAUCGAAGGCCAUCCCCAUGCAGGUGGAUGGAGAGCCCUGCAAGCUGGCAGCUUCCUGCAUCCACAUUUCUCUGCGCAACCAAGCCAACAUGGUGCAGAAGACCAAGCGGCGCAACUCCAUGCCUCUGCUCAAUGACCAGCAGCCAGUGCCUGAGCGGCUGCGGAUCCGGGUGAGCCGAAUCAGCAUGCGUGACUAUGAGGCACUGAACUAUGACAAGGAAAAGCUCAAGGAAGCCUCUGUGCCACUGGGUAUCAUCGUGGUUCCAGGAGACAGUGACCUGGAGUUGUGCCGAACCCAGAUUGAGAAGCUGCAGGAGGAUUUCCCUGCGCAGCCCUCUGCUUUAGAGCGCCUGUUCUUUCAGGAGGGAGAUGGAGCCAAGCCGAAGACACUGUCAUUCCAGAAGCUGUCACCCAAGUGGUGCUUUCUGGACUCAACCACGGCCGAUCGGUUCUACAGGAUAGACCGUGCACAGGAACACCUCAACUAUGUGACAGAGAUCUCUCAGGAUGAGCUCUAUGUGCUGGACCCAGAGCUAGUGGUCACUCAGACUGUGAGCACUUCUCCUGCCAUGCCUGACCUCGUGGACUCAUCUGCCACAUCCCCUGGACACCAUUUUGCAUUUCCUUCCUGUCCUUCCUCUCCACCCUCCUCUCCUGCCCCCAGUGCUGAGCCUGAGCGCUGCCUCCCACAUAAAGAUGACCUUCUGAUAGAAGCUGCCAAGAAGGGCAACUUCAGCAAGUUUCAAGAGCUGCACCGAGCUGGAAAAGACCUGAUGGUGCGAGAUUCCUCGGGCCAGACCGUCCUCCACCAUGCUGUCAAAUCAGGAAGCAAGGACAUCGUCAAAUACAUCAUUGAGAAUGCUCCUUCAGAAAUCCUUGAUGUCACAGAGGAGGAGAACGGUGAAACCAGCUUGCACCAGGCUGCAGCCUUACGCCAGCGCACUAUCUGCCACUACAUCGUGGAGGCUGGGGCCUCGCUCAUGAAGACAGACCUGCAGGGAGACACCCCGAAACAUCGUGCUGAGAAAGCCAAUGACCCCGACUUAGCUGCCUACCUCGAGAACCUACAGCACUACCAGAUGAUCCAGAGGGAGGACCAGGAGACAGCUGUGUAGUGCUUGGCAUGCCUUAGCCGGAGCCCACUCAUGCAGGAUAAGAGUACAAUGCCAACUGGCAGAGCUGUAUCUGGCCCGACCCUCCCCAGAUGCCAACCUGGUCCCUGGAGAUGGAUACAGAAGAGCUCUGCCCCAGGCUGGGCUGGAACUCUGAUUAUGAGGACAAUGGAUAUUUCAGACUUGAAGCCUGAUUCUUUGUGUGUCUACCCCUUCACCUUUCAUUCACCACGUUCCCUGCCCUAGGUGGGCUCUAUCCCCAGCUAUGCUGGAGCAGGUCAGGCUGAAGCCCCCAGUCACCCAUGUUCGUGGGAGCAAUGCCAGUGCCUCCUCCACAGGUUCCUACCUAUAAUCCUUGUGGGAUAUCAUUGCUCAGCCCCUCUCUCUGCUGGCAGUGCUCCUCUUUUAGGUGCUUGGCUAGGUUUGUGUCCUGUUCCUCCUCUCCUGUCUGGCACAGCUGUGGGAGGCACAGGCUGCAUGGACAGACUGCAGAGGCUGUGAGUCGCAGACGGCUCCAAAGGAAGCACCACAACUUACUGGCCCUGCCUUCUUCUCCCUCCUGGGGCUGCACCAGAUCUCUGUGUUGCCCUAUCCAGAGCCUUCUGCAGCAGGAGGGAAGUCACUUUUGCAUCCAGCCUUUCCUCAGAGCAUCUGGGUCUGGUGCAGCUUGAAGUAGGGCAGCAGGUGCUGUCCUGAUGGGCCUUUAGUGCUCAGUCAGCAGUCUGACUCAGGGCCGGGAUGCCAUGGAGGAAGGCUACCAAACCCACCACGCUUCUCUCCAUGGGGCUGGGUGGAACAGUUUGCACAUCCACUCUGCUGAGCGUCUCUUUGUGAGCCUGCUGCAGGAUGGUGGAGAGCUGCACUCAACUGGUGCAGUGGCAGCAGUGACACCUGUUAUAUUUCCCAAAUGCUGACUUAGAUUCAGCUGCCCUCCUUGCUUCAGUUUCCCCAGCAAUGCUAGACUUGGCACAGGGCUGGAUGGGCAGUGCUGGGGUCAGUGCUGCUCUCAGGGAUCCCCUCCUUCCCCCCAGCCUGGCAACAUGCAUCCUCUUAGGCUGAGACUCCUGGUAUUCCCCAAACUGGGCACGUGGCUUUGCAGGAAGCUCACACAGCUGAGACACAGCCUGUUUGGGCAGACCAUGAACUCACCCUCUCCAGUUUUAAUAGAAAGAGGGAUUUGGAUUCCCAGGAACCAUCAGGGCUCCUAGCCCUGGGUCAUGCCUGCAGUGGGAAGGAAUUUCACCAACCACCUGCCAUGGGGCAUGAGGCACCACAGUCUAUCUCCCCUGUUGUUGCUGUGAGUGUUUGAUGCCAAGACAUCAAGCCAGGCCUUUUAAAGAGCAUCAAGCAAUGCUUUUGCAGAACUGAGUCUCUAAGACCAGGAGGUGGUGCCCACAGAGGAGGAAAUCUGAUGGCUCUGAGCCUAGCAGACCUGCUUGGCACUCUUGGGUGUGCAGUGGUCGUGAAGGGGGUUGCUGUUCACAUCUUGGCUCUAGGAGAGGAUACUACUGCUGCCUUGAGUGGUCUGUGCAGUCCCUCUGCACUCACACGCAGGCUGUGCCCACUGGGUAGUGCUGGGGUGGCACCGUUUGAAUCCCUCCUACUACCAAGAAAAGGGUAUGAGGAUACUGUAGGGAACCAGAAUACCCUUCAGACUUUUUGCCCAGGGGCAGGGUUUCCCUGAAGGAUGGGGAAUGCUGUACUAGGGAACGGAGGCGCAGGGCAGUGCAGGGUGCCCAGGGACCACUGUCAGUAUUGGCAAAUAAUAAUGAUAGUGUACUAAUGCAUUGACAUCUAGGACACUCCAGAAGUGCCUAGAGUUCUUAUCAGCACUGCUGGCAGGCCACUGAUAAACAAGGCACUGUCAUCUUCUCAGAGGUCCAUACCACUGCUGCCCCAGGUGGGAUGCCCAACUUGGCCCAGAGGCAUUUAAAGCCUCAGCUUUCCCCUUUCUCCCUUAUAGUUUUUGUACAGGUAGUUGAGAGACACACUGUCCCCCUCCCUGCCUGGCCCCUCCGUGCACCUGUGAGCUGAGUUGCUGUGCAAUUCCAAGUCUGCUUAUAUUUUGGUGAAGAAGGAGGAGGUGUUGGUUACCCUGUCCCCCUGAGGGCAGGGGUUCUGUGCAAUACCUGGGUCUGUGUGUCUUAGACACUGUCGUAGGAUUGUAUUUUUGUAACUAUGUGAGGGUGCUGGCUCCAGCCAGCCCAGGGCCUGGCACGAGCCUGUGUUCCCAUUGCUUUUCAACUUUGACUGUUUGGAUGUUUUUGUUUCUUGCCAUUGAAAUAAAGAGAUUGAUGUUUUA